CGCACGCACCGCCGCGCCGGCUCCCACACGCUCCGCGCGCGCCUCCCGCUCGCCCCGCUCCGCGCCUCCGUGGUCGCUGGCGGCGGCGCCCCGGGCCCCGCGGAGCCACCAUGUCCACUUCCACUGCCGCCUCCUCCUCCUCCAGUUCCUCCCAGACCCCGCACCCCCCGCCGCCGCAGAGGAUGCGGCGCAGCGCCGCCGGCUCCCCGCCCGCCGCCCCCGCCGCCGCGGGGAGUGGGAACGGUGCGGGGGGCGGCGGCGUAGGCUGCGCCGCGGCUGCGGGCGCCGGGCGGCUGCUGCAGCCCAUCCGCGCCACCGUCCCCUACCAGCUCCUGCGGGGCAGCCAGCACAGCCCCACGCGCCCGCCCGCCGCCGCCGCCGCCGCCGCCGCCGCCGCCUCGCUGGGCAGCCUCCCGGGGCCCGGCGCGGCCCGCGGCCCCAGCCCGCCCAGCCCGACGCCGCCGCCGCCGGCCGCCGGGGCCCCCAUCGAGCCGGCGCCGCGAGCCAAGGGCCGCCCGAGACGGUCCCCCGAGAGCCACCGGAGGAGCAGCUCACCUGAGAGGAGGAGCCCGGGCUCGCCCGCGUGCAGAGUGGACAGACCAAAAUCUCAGCAAGUUCGAACCUCUAGUACAAUAAGGCGAACCUCUUCUUUGGAUACGAUAACAGGACCUUAUCUCACAGGACAGUGGCCACGGGAUCCUCAUGUUCAUUAUCCUUCAUGUAUGAAAGAUAAAGCUACUCAGACACCUAGCUGUUGGGCAGAAGAGGGAGCAGAAGAGAGGUCACAUCAGCGUUCUGCAUCAUGGGGGAGUGCUGAUCAACUGAAAGAGCAGAUUGCCAAACUGCGGCAGCAACUACAACGUAGUAAACAGAGUAGCCGGCACAAUAAGGAGAAAGAUCGUCAGUCACCUCUCCAUGGCAACCACAUAGCCAUCAGUCACACUCAGGCUACUGGAUCAAGAUCAGUCCCUAUGCCACUGUCAAAUAUAUCAGUGCCAAAAUCAGUUGUUUCACGUGUGCCCUGCAAUGUAGAGGGAAUAAGUCCUGAGUUAGAAAAGGUAUUCAUUAAGGAAAAUAAUGGGAAGGAGGAUGUGUCCAAGCCUUUGGAUAUCCCCGACGGCCGAAGAGCUCCGCUCCCUGCUCACUACCGGAGCAGCAGCACACGAAGCAUCGACACUCAGACCCCCUCUGUCCAGGAGCGCAGCAGCAGCUGCAGCAGCCACUCGCCCUGUGUCUCCCCUUUCUGUCCCCCGGAAUCUCAGGACGGUAGCCCUUGCUCAACAGAAGAUUUACUCUAUGAUCGUGAUAAAGACAGUGGGAGUAGCUCACCGUUACCCAAGUAUGCUUCAUCUCCCAAACCAAACAACAGCUACAUGUUCAAACGGGAGCCCCCCGAGGGAUGUGAGCGAGUGAAGGUCUUUGAGGAAAUGGCGUCUCGUCAGCCUCUCUCAGUCCCUCUCUUUUCAUGUCCUGACAAAAACAAGGUUAAUUUCAUCCCAACGGGAUCAGCUUUCUGUCCUGUAAAACUCCUGGGCCCUCUCUUACCUGCCUCUGACCUGAUGCUCAAGAACUCUCCCAGCUCUGCCCAGAACCCAAGCCUGGCCACCCUGACCGUGGAGCAGCUCUCCUCCCGGGUCUCCUUCACAUCUCUCUCUGACGACACCAGCACGGGCUCCAUGGAGGCCUCCUUCGUCCCGCAGCCAUCCCCACAGCCCCCGCAGCUCCUGCAGGACCUGCAGGGCGAGGAGCACGUCUCUGCGCAGAAUUACGUGGUCAUCUAACGCAGCCAGGGCUGGCCCUACCGGACCUUCCACGGUAGGAACCAGGUCUCAGACGUCUACCUGCAUGGAGUGACAAACUUUCUGAAUGCCACCACCGACAACAAGCUACUUAGCAGCAUCGUAAAGUAUCUCUUAACACUGAUCUUGGCAGAGAUGGAACUCCUCGUCAGCAGUUUUUUGUGGAAAGCAGCAGUGCUUGCAAAAUGUGUGUGUCACUGAGCAUUUUAAGUGGAGACUAUGCAUUUCAUAGUAUGUUUGACAGAUUAGUACUGUGUCCUGUGUUUUGUUCCAAAUUCUUCAGUAUAAAUAAGCUCUAUAUCAAGAAGUUGCCUGUCUAAAUAGAAAAUGUCUUGCUGUGUUUUGUCCUAUGGAAAAUACUGUACUUCAGGAUUAUGUUUACGAUCGAUCCAGGUGUUUGUUUCUAACUUUGGUAAUACAUACAAUGCAAAAAAUAAAAUAAUAAAAUAAUGGCCACAACAGUUGCACAGUGCCCACCCUAUGGCCUAGCUUCAGGUACUUCAGUUGAAGUCUAAACUCAGGUAACUUGGAAUGUAUAUCAUAUUGGGAUAUUAACUAUUUCACAGCUAAAAAGCUAAAGAGGGAACAUCACUCUUUGCCUUUCCAUGUUUUACGCAUUUCCCUUUCCUCAUUACAUUCCACUUCCUUAGAAUAAGAAGUGCAUUCAGCCCUAGGAGAAUGAGGACCAGCAAACCCAGGGUGUCUGACAUCACUCUUGUCAUGUGGUUACCAGGAAAACAGCUGUUGCAUUCAUGGUCACAACGUGUGUAAACAUGGCUUUUUAUUAUUAUUAUUAUUAUUAUUAUUACAAGUUCAGGUGUUGCUCAGUUAAUGACUGUUCAGUGUCGCAUAUAAAGUAUCCAGUACCAGCCUGUGCACAAACAUUCCACAUUGUGUGUGAUGGAAUUUAAAGGAAAGAAUGUCUAGGUUUAAAUUCAGAGCGAAUGAAGUUUCACAGGGAGUGGUUGAGAUUUGUUUGUUUAUGUUGGCCAUCAAGGUCAUGAAAUGCUACUGUUUUAUCUAAAGGCAUGUUAAUGUCUAGUUUCCCUUUUGGAAAGUCUUUAAUUCGCAGGUUUAAAAAACGUUUGGGGUUAUUGUCUUCCUCAAGCAGUUCAGGUGCACGAGUGACAUUCAUGUAGAGAGGGAAUGUGUAGGUCUCAGAAUUAAUGCCACGGGAGUUAGAGGUUAGUUGGUGACUUACAAAAGCAGUAAGGUCAAAUAGCCUUGACCUUGCAGACUUGACUUGACUUCUCAGCGCAGCGUGAACAGGGCCCCCAAUGCUGCCAGCUGCUCAGGGGAAGAGCCCAGCUUUCAGACAUUGUUUUCUGCCACACAGAGAGAGGAUCCAAAAGCAAAGGGAAGUUUUCGUAUUUUCAUUGCAUUGCUUUUAGUUCAAUAAAACACAGAGUUGUUUCCAUCUGCACCUUCCGUACAUGGCACAGUUUUCUCAAGAAUUAGGGGAACAAGAUGUCUACUGGAACGUUGCAGUUCCCUUCAGUCAUUCCCAGGUUGUUAUUUUCUAAGGAGGUUGGAGAAGGAAGAGACGGUAGAGAUGAAAGCAGCACCAUUGAUUUUUUUUUAUUUUAAAGAAACGGCAUCUAUGUGUAUGUGUUUGUGUGUGUAUGUAUUCUGUGUAUUAUUUCGUCACGAUUCCAAUUUUCUUCUUUCCACCAAAGUUUGCAGUAAUAUUCUCUCCUGAAGGCGCAUUCUGGCUCCUUUAAAUUAGUCAGUGUUACGUUGUAGGAGACUCAUGGGAAAGGAUUCAGUUUACUUUUGCCGUUUUCACAGGGGAACCUUUUUAAACAAUCUCUUCAGCAGCAGACACCUUUAACCCUAAUAAUCUCAGGCCUUGAUGAAAAUACUAUAUUUUGUAGAAUAUGGUUAAAGGGAGAAACUUAUUAGUUCUGUAAGAUAAAUAUGAGCUCCAUUAACUUCUGAUACCCAGUUUAGCAUUACCCAUGUGUUGAUCUUAAUGCUCUGCUUUUGUCCAAAUAAGAUGCAAUAGUAUCAAUAUCAAUUUCCAAAAGAUGGACUGAAGAUGCUUUUCUGGUGAUGAAAUCUGAUGUACGAUAUUUAUAGUGAUAUGUGCUUUUUAUUUUCUCAUGAUAAACUGAAUAUUAAUUGUGUUGUACAUUUAUUCUUAGCCUAUAUGAACGUUUUGAACCAAAUGUGUUAAAGCUUAUGCUUUGCCAUAUAAAUUCGCCGGAAGUUGUUGAGCUCAAAUGUAUCCUACAUCCAGCUGUAGAAAAAUGUCAGAAAAUUGUUUAAAUUUUGUACAUAGUCUUACUGUUUAAUUCUAGCCACUGCGCUGAACAGUAUUGGAGUUACCAUCAUUAUGGCUUUACACAAGGAAAUGUGUGGCUUUUGUUUUGUAUUUUUUCAGUAUAGAAGUUCCUGUGUCUUAUUUAAAUAAAGUUAUUAGUAAAAG